AAUACAUUGAUCAUUUUAGUUUCUAUUAGAGUAAAGUGUAAUUCAGUGAUUCUGAUUCAAUUUAUAUUUGUAUUUUUAUGUUAAUCAUUUAAAUUCUUUCACAAUAUAAUGAAUAUGUCAUCGGGAACUUUUCAUUUAUCACCUUGUGCACCAAUUACAAAGUUUUUCAAAGAUAAAUCUGUUAAAGAGGUUCGUGAAAACACAUCACAUAUUAAUGCACAUUUGAUCAGUUUUAAAAGAUGGUUACGUUCAAUGCCACACCUUUCUUGUGCAGAUGAUGAUCGAAUAUUCUUGCCAUUUCUACGUCAAGCAAAAUAUAAUCAUUCAGAAGCUCAAAUGCGUUUAGAUAAUUUUAUUACAUUGCGUACAUCACCAGAAAGUCCUGUGGUUAAUUGGUAUGAUCGUUCAACCAUAACUAAUACAAUACUUGAUGAAUAUUUAAACAUGGGCUUUCAUUGUCCAAUUGGAUUCCUUCAUGAUGGGACAUUUUUAUUUCUGAUUCGAAUUGGUUGCUGGAACAAUAAUCGUGUAUCUACCGAGAGUGUACUCAAAUUACUCAUGAUUCAGUUAGAUCGUAUCUUGGAAGAUCCAAGAGUUCAAAUUUGUGGUCUGCGAGUAUUUAUUGAUUUCACCGGUGUCUCACCUUCUCUAUUGGAUACAAUUAAUCCGAAAAAGACCAUUAAAGAUUUAAGUAAAGUAUUACAGGAAGCUUAUCCAUUUCGUAUGAAAGGAAUAAUCUAUUAUAAUGAACCGCCAAUUAUGGAAGUUUUGUUUAAAUUACUAGCACUGUGGUUGAGACCAAAAGUUAGAGAACGGGUAGGUUUUUUAAAAUAUUUUUGGUAUUCAUAUAAAAUGAACAGAGAAGGUGGAAUGUAGCUGGCAGUUGAAUCGAGGACUCGCUUUUCAUUUCAUUUAGGACUCCUUAGUAGGAUGUAUCGCUUCACUUCUGAGUUGAUUUUCACUCCGGGAUUAGAACAUAGUAACGCUAGCUUGAAACUUCAACGCGUUUUCCAUUUAGCUACUCACUUGUGCACCUAGUAUGAAUUUCAAUUUAAUUCGUGAUGUUCUGGAUUAUAUAGAGUGUGUUUGUAGCAUUAAUUUAGAUGGGAGUGUGUUGAUGUGCAUUAGUACUGUUAGGUUACAGUCAAAUUAAACUUUACAUAUCAGAUUUCAUUUUCCGAAAUUUACAGCCACUUUUUAUCCUGACUUGACGUUUACUAACUUUUUUAUAUGAACAGAUAAGAAAUCGUUUAUGUCGAAGGCCACAAAUCAAGGAAUAUAAUGUUAACUCGUAAACAGAUUUACUUAACAAAAAUAUUUUUUAACAGUUAGUAACAAUUACUGUGAAUAAAUGUAGUUGAGUUUCAAGCCUGUAUUAUGGUAUGCCGAAUCGUUUUAGUCCUUAUCACAAGUAUCUUAACUGCUAUUCCUAUUAACCAUGAGAGAUUACAAGACUAAGAAAGGGUAGAGAGGUUUAAUGACAAAACCAAAUAAAAGUAUGUGCGACUUUUAGGAAUUUCCAUCACAUACACACACUCUCUCUCACUAAUACAAAUAAGGCUAUGUAGGUUGUGACCUUGGUAAGAUGAAUAACUUAUUUACUUAUAAUAGUCCGUCCCUUUCUACAUUUUUUCAUUUAGACUCUACCAUGCUAGACAAAUCAAUUGGAAGACGAUAAGUUUAGAAGCAUAAAACUCAUAGUCCAAAGAUAAAGCCGUAUUAUCGUCAGGACAAUAAGAUUAUUUUUUUUAGACAAUCGGCAUCUGGGGUGAUGCUGCCUUUCUAUAACGGAGGGAUUUAUAAAUGACUAGGCCUAAAAGUAACACACCUUAAUCUACCCUACAGAUUUCCGCCUCAUAUAAUAAAGUCUAUAAGAUAUAUAACUAAUUCAUAACGACUACUAGCAAAAAUGUCAUUUAUGACCAGUCCUUGAGUUUUAUGAUCACGCUAUCAAAAUCAAUUGUAACUCAGUUUCAUUUACAAGUAUCACAAAAAGAAAUAUUCUUUGAUAGUUUGGUCAACCCGAAAACAACCUAUACAUUUAUGAUAGUAUUUGAGAACAUUUUGUUCAUUUAGUUUCAUUUCACAGAUGAUAAUGAAAACUAAAUCCAAAUGAACUAACUUUCAUAAUUAAUUAUGUAUUCUGUAAACUAGAUCGUUUAAUUAUAAAGUUUACAUUAUCAUUCAAAAAGGCAUUCACAUUUAUGACACUGAAAGCUUCACAAUGAAACCAUGUACAGUAAACAAUGAGUUUACUUUUAAAAUGUCAACAAAUAGAAAAUAAGAAAUACAGGAUUGAUUAUUAAUUGAAAGUCAAUUCUUGUUGCUACAUUAAAAAUAAGACAUUUUCUGUUUGUUUUACUUUGAAAAUUAUAAUAAUGUCAGUGUGACUUUCUGUAUGUUUAAAAGAAAACACUGACACCUUUUAAUUAAACAAUAAUGAAACAAUUGAAGUUUAUAAUGUUGGUACUGGAUUAUAAAAAGAAAAAAGAAAAGGCUUUUUCUUGUGAGAUGAAUAAAUUAUACAACUUUCAUGUUACCUAUAAAUACAAGAGUAGUAUUUAUUUGAUUAUUUACUAAAACAUUAUUGGUCACUUUAACUUAGUUCAAUGAUUUCUAAUCUAGUUGCUAAUAAACCAUUUCGAAAGAGAAUAAGUCAGCUUUUACUUACUUUACUUACGCCUGUUACUCCUAAUGGAACAUAGGCCGCCGACCAGCAUUCGCCAACCCACUCUGUCCUGGGCCUUCUUUUCUAAUUCCACCCAAUUCUUGUUCAUUUUUCUCAUGUCUAUCUCCAUUUCCCGACGUAAUGUGUUCUUUGGUCUUCCUCUUUUCCUUUGACAUUGAGGAUUCCAAGUGAGGGCUUGCCUUGUGACGCAGUUGUGUUCUUUCCUUAAUGUGUGUCCUAUCCACUUCCAGCGCUUCUUCCUGAUUUCUUCCUCCACUGGGAUCUAAUUUUUUCUCUCCCACAGUACGCUGUUGCUAAUAGUGUCUGGCCAACGGAUCCAAAGUAUUUUGCGUAGACAACUGUUAAUAAACACUUGUAUUUUCUGGAUGAUGGCUUUCGUAGUUCUCCAGGUUUCCGCCCCAUACAGUAGAACUGUCUUGACAUUUGUAUUGAAAAUCCUGCCCUUGGUGUUGGUUGACAGUUGCUUCGAGUUCCAAAUGUUCUUCAAUUGUAAAUACGUUGCUCUUGCUUUACCGAUCCGCGCUUUCACAUCCGCAUCAGUUCCACCAUGUUCAUCAAUGAUGCUGCCCAAAUAUGUGAAGGUUUUUACAUCUUCCAAAUCUUCUCCGUCAAUUGUGAUUGGAUUGGUGCAUGCUGUGUUGUAUCGGAGAAUCUUGCUUUUCCCAGGCGGAGUCGAAUAAGUCAGCUACGUAUAUUUAUUCAAUAAUUUCCAAAGUAUCUUAUUAAUAGUGAUAAUUAUUUUGAAUUUCAUGAACUCGACAGAGUAGUCCAGUCCAGGCUAUUGUUGGAAGUGAGUUGGUAAGAGAGAGAAAGAGAGAGAGAGCGGUGAUCGUUGAUAAUCACUACAAAUUCGAUUUGAUGGUUGUGGUACAAUAUAUAUUGAUACUCAUGUUAAUUACUUAUUCAUAAUCGUCAUCACAUGACUAUGUAUCGACUAUUUUAUUGACUAACUAGCUGGAUCUAUAAUGACGUAUCUUCUCAAAUGUUCUACUUUCAAGUAUCAAAUUUCAUAUGAUUCAGAGACAUUUCUACAUUGUUUUUAAUCAAACCUUAAAUUUAAAACUUAUAGUUAUUCAAUAUGUUGUUGAAUUACUUAUGCAUGACCAUGAAUGAGAAAGUAUCGAGUGUGUGCAUUUAUUUGCAUCAACUUUAUCCAAUAUGACUUAUUAUUAUUAUUGUUGAAACCAUCCGCUCUUGUAGAUGACAUCGAUGCUAUUGUUUUGUUCAUCACUAUCGCAUAUUAUAAUUGAUGUGAUACAAUUGUAUGACAUUGUUUGUUAAUACCAGAAGUUUAUUGAAAUCUUGGAAAUGAUCACUAUUUCAAAAUAGUUUUAGUUUAUUUGAGAAUAGUUUCAUGAUUAUAGAAUGAGGUAAUCAAUAAAUUUGUCAGUGUUAUGAUUCUGAUAAACGGUUAUGAUUGCGUGAAAAAUAACAAAUUACUGUCAUUAGUUGAUUUUGUCACUUAAAUAUCACUGCAUAUGUCACUAAAUGUAUGUUGUUUACUUGAUGUAGUACAGUUUUUCUAUCCCAAUGUAGUGGACGCUAUUCACAAGAUCUCUUGUAAAUAGUAUAUAGCGGAACGUGGCUUCGAAGUUGUCACAGUCGUCAGGUGGAAUGGAGAGUUUCAGUACAUCGAAAGCAUGGCGUAGGGAAAACACUUGAUGGUCAGACAAGACAGUUUAGUUUUCAGAACACAUAGCGAGAUGUAAAUGGAUGAUCGAAGGUUAUAUAUACGUAUUAUCUAAAUACUACUGUAAUUUCUCCUAACCGUUGGUCAUUGUCCUAUUAUAUACCGGCCGAAAAAUGUUUACGGAUAUGAAGGAAUAAAUUAGUUGUGAAAUGAGGAAUUAUUUCAACGCGAAAAAUAGAUUCAAUUACUCUGAUAUUCAUGGAUCAUAUUCGUACUGAUCAGUAUUAAGAUACUUGACUUGACAUCACUCGUUACUAAAUAAUCAACAGCUAAUUAUAUAAACACAAUUUGUAGAUAUUUUAAGAUUAAAACGUUACAAUCCAAAAGUGUAGCUGAAUUAUAUACUUGCUCCUUCUUGAGAACCACCCAUUUUCUGGUAUUCCGUUGGAGAUCAACUUUAAAAGCCGUUGCCCUCCUUCAUACUCGUCAAGAUAUUUUCUUCUUUAAAACUUGGAAAUUAAUCUGGUUUCAGUUUUUUUGUUUAUUAGGAGUUCUAUCACAUGUACAGUGAACUAUUUUGUUUUAAAAUCACACAGAUAUUACUUAUAAUACUUCUUUUCGUAAGUUGAGCACAUGAUCGGAACAUACGUGUUUAUUCAGUUUCAUUAAUCCUUGAUUUGAUGAUCAAGACAUGAAAAAAAGUCUUGUUAUUCUACUUCUUUCGUCUUGUUAAUCAAACAUAAUUUAAAAUGGUAUUGACACAUUUCCAAGUGUUAUUUCUAAUGUUAUUCUUUUUGAAAGAUGAUGAAUGCUUAAAUCAUAGCGUUAUAAUUAGUUAAAUUGUAGGUAAUAAAUAACGGGCAAAGAGGAACAGACCAAUGGUUGUAUUCAGGCUGCAUGACAAGAGGUAAUGAGUUAUUCAUUUGAGAAAGGUCAGCGUUCAUAUGUUGCUAUCAUUAUUGUCACUUAUAGGUAUUCUUCAGCCGAGAAUAUUUUUGUUAGGCUUUUCGAAAUAACGCUUUCCAUGGAGGCUUAGUUUACUCAACGUAACUGGUUCGUAAAAGAUUAAGAAUUCGGAAGCGAUUGGAUCGGAUAGCAGAGCAUAACAAACUAUAAAUUAUUCUAUGGUAGAUUCUACUAUAAAUUUAGCUACUGACAUUGUGGUUGACAUAAAUGUUCGCUUGUAUGUACGUGUACAGAAGCUUUAAAAUAAAGAUAUAUUAUUAGGUUUAAACUCGAUCAACUCCCUGUGUGUUCCAAGUUUUUUGAUGAGAAAAAAGAAAUCUUAAAAAAUAAUCACAGAAAGUUAUGGAAGAUGGUCGCACACUACUGUGGACGAAUCAAAGUUAAAUCUGCGGGUCCUCGUUUCAAUCCUCGAUGGGGUCAAGGAGCACACAGAUUCAGUUUCGCACUAGCAUAAAGUAAUUGUUCAGUACGUCCUGGUUUCAAAUGGUUUACAUAAGGAAGACUAGAAAGGUAAGCUUAAUGGAAUUAAAUAACUUCGUAACAUGUGAUCCAGGCUAAUACUAAUAUUGCACACAGCAUUAACAUUUCCUGACUAGUACCAACGAUUCACGUGUUGAUAUUUAGUCAAUGUUUACUACAUUGGAAUCCUCAUUUAUUGACAUUGAUGAACAAUUAACUCACAACCGGAUAUGAUUUUCUCAUUUUUGUCACAUAAUUACUCACUUGUUGCAGAAAUCGACAGAAUCGCAUACAAAUGGUUAUCAGGCUCUUGACUUAAAACAAGUUUUUUUUUCUUUUCUUUCUUUUCCAACAGUUUAUAAGAGUAAAAGGUAAUAUAAAGAAAGCCUAUGAAAAAGUACCCGGUCUUGAAAGUGUACUGCCUAGAGAAUAUGGUGGUCAUAAUAGAAGUAUUAAAGACAUUUUAAAAGAACAAAACGCUGAUUUCAAAGAAUACUUUUUAAAAAAUGAAAUAUUAUGGAGAGGUAUGGCAGUCAAUGAAAGAAAACGACCAGAAUCAUCGAAACGAUUAAUAGGUGAAUAUAAAGAAGCUGAUGAUAGAUCAAUGGGUACAACUGGAACAUUUAUUCCAUUACCCGUGAAUGACUAAUUUCUGAAUUCAUGUCGGAUUACAUUUAGACGAUAUAUUUUUUCUUUAAUAUCGAAACCAACAACAGUCAAAAUAGAUGUAAAUUUGUACAAUUUAAUAAAAUGAAAGCAAUUAGUGAUUACUUAUUAUUAUUAUUAUUAUGGUGAAAUAGAAAGUACAAAAGUUU